UUUUGGGGCUAGCUGGGAGAUGGGGGUGGCCACCAUCUGGAUCACGUGACUGUGGCCACCCUACCCUCACCUUUGUUUGCAAAGAGCGCCAGGCGUCCUUAUCCAAUCACGUCUGGAAUGUGGCUUGCCACUUGGGCUAUUUCUGCUUUCUGUCGCUAUCAGGCUGCUGCUCAACAGUUUGACACAUGGGAUCGUUUUUUUAUUUCCACAUCUCACUCCUCUUUCUAGCAUUUACCCGCUCUCUCUCUCUCUCUCUCUGAAGUUUGUGGGUUGAACUUUUAAGCUCCCUGGCAGCGUUUCACUGGUAGCUGUGAAACAAAACACAGCCUCUGUCUGUGAGUAAGGGAAAGAGAGAAAGGAAAGAGAGUGGAUGAGCAAGACAGAGAGAGGGAGAGCAAAAGGGGAUCAGACGUAUGAAAUAGUGGGCGAGACAGAUCCAGCAGGAGCUGUACAGAGACAGUGCUAGGCAGACAGGAGAAUGUCUCACCGGUUGCGGUUGUAUUUUGACUCUGGUCGCAGCAACACAGCACCCGAGUUGGAGCAGCUGAACAGGGCGGCUGUGGACGGAGAUGAGAAUGUUACCAGUAACUGGAGAAGCCAUGGCGGCGCUGGAGCCGUGAUGGUCCGAACACAGUCACGAAAUGGAGGACAUGCUGAGAACUCCGAGUCGGAUGACGCCUUUCUAAAACGAAGUUCUUCCAUGUUCAUCCCACAGCUCCAGGGUCAAACCGAACCACGGACGACCAAGAGCACUUCUAUGCAGAUAUCUCUCCAACGUUUAACAGGACCGCAAGAAGAUGUUCCCCUUGAUCCACCUCCAGGGUAUCCACAGGACCCAGCUCCAGCCUACACUGAACCUGGAGUCGGUUGGCCCUUACCUCCACCUCCAGCCUACCACAGAGGAGACAAUCCAUCCUGCAGCGAAUCCAUCCUUGAACAAAGUCAACCAAACACCGAUCCCAUCCAACCUAAGAGACAAGUAUUUUGUGUCCGGCCGUGUGAUGGACAAAACGGUUAUGCUAGAAUGAGUGUACCCAACGGAAGUCACCAAGGGAUUACCAUCAAUGGUUUCUGUAUCCAGAGAAGAUCUAUAGAUGGCUCGGACAUCCGACAGUUCAGUAUUGUGCCGUACAACGAGGAAGGUCAGAACAGCCAGUGUCACCGCUGGUCAGUCCAACAAAGCACGGACAGCGGUCCUGGCACCCAGAGACUUGUUUUCCAACUUCAACAGGACCAGAGACAUCAAACAAACCUAAAUUCUCCCCCUGAAGUGACUGAUUUGGGAUACAUGGGCUCCAAAGGUUGCCGUGUGGUGCGAUACCCUCGGAUCCGUCUGGAGAGGAGCGCAUCGCAGCCGUUACAAACCAGAGGAGUUCCCGCACGCCUCGGUUCCAUGCCAGACCUUCAUGCACCAAUCUCAGAAAUGGAAACUGAGAGCGAGAUCGGUCAGAAUAAAGCUCAAGGCUGCACAUUCAAGAUUAGGCAGGAACAGAACUCCCGACAGCCCAAGUUUAAGAUAUAUUUCAGCCAGGGAGGUGAGCACAGCACCAUUACCGGACGGGAUAUUAGCUUUGGAAAGGUUCCUUCUUGCUCCGUUCCACAGACCAGAGAUGACUUCCUCGGGCAGGUGGAUGUACCUCUUACCCAUUUACCGACGGAGGACCCUGCAAUGGAGCGGCCGUACACGUUUAAGGACUUUCUGCUCCGUCCGAGAAGUCAUAAGUCUCGCGUGAAAGGAUACCUGAGGCUGAAGAUGGCUUACCUGCCAAAAAACGGCGGUCACGAGGAAGAGACCAGUGAGAUGAGGGAAGAGGCCGAGGGCUGGGAGGUGACCGACUCCACAGAUCCAGGGUCACAGAGACCCCAGCAGCUCCUGCCUCCUAUGCCCCCCGGCUGGGAAGAGAAGGUGGACAACUUGGGUCGCACCUACUACGUGAACCACAACAACCGCACCACGCAAUGGAAUAGGCCAAGUAGUGUGGAUGUGGUCUCAGAAACGGAAAAUGAUAAUCACUUGCGGCAGAUUAACCAGGAAGCCCACAGAGUUUUCCGCUCUCGACGGCACAUCAGCGAAGAUCUGGAAAAUGAGCAGCUGGACAUCCGAGACAUUGAUGAUUCAUGGGAACCCAUAUCGGAGGAGGAUCCUGCUUUACUGGGCGAGGGUCUGAAUCACUCUCUGUCCGGUCCCUCUUCUCUGGCAGUGCCCCUCUCCAGCACACCGGAGUUCUCCGAUGAGAUCAGCCUUAGAUUAUCUCUCGCUCCAGACACGAACGGAGAGAUCCCAGGACCCAGCUCCGCUGUGCAGGGUCAUCUCUCCUCACGUCUCCGCUCCUCCAGCAUGACCGAGGGAGUCAGCGAUCCAGCUCAACCUCCCACACCAACGCAGAACCCGCCGCCCCGACGAACACGAGCACAAACAGUCACAGGCGUUGAGGACUCGAUGUCUCCAUCGGCCAACUAUGCCAUAACCACGCCGGGCCUUCCGCCAGGCUGGGAAGAACGCAAGGACACCAAGGGUCGAACAUAUUUCGUCAACCAUAACAACCGCAGCACCACGUGGACCCGGCCCAUUCUGCAGCACACAGAAGAUGGAGCCAGUACCUCAGCUGCAGCAUCUGGUGGUGCUUCAGCAGCCACACCCUCUGCUUCCACCCCUUCCUCCUCCAGCGGCCAUCUAAGUGAACCACAAGUGCGUAGACCCCGCAGCCUCAGUUCCCCCACCGUCACGCUGUCUUCCCCGCUAGAGGGAGCCAAUAACGCCCCGGUACGGCGAGCCGUAAAGGACACGUUUUCAAACCCUCAGUCCCCACAGCCUUCACCCUACAGCUCACCCAAAUCCCAGCACAAGUCGAACCACAGCUUCCUCCCCCCCGGCUGGGAAAUGAGAAUAGCGCCCAAUGGACGACCGUUCUUCAUUGACCACAACAGCAGAAACACCACCUGGGAAGAUCCACGGUUAAAAUAUCCCGUUCACAUGAGGACAAAAGCAUCUCUAGACCCCGGUGACCUCGGCCCACUUCCUAAUCUUCCAGAGGAGCCGGGGUGGGAGGAACGAGUGCAUGCAGAUGGACGGACCUUUUACAUCGACCACAAUACCAAAAAGACACAGUGGGAAGACCCCAGACUGCAAAGUCCUGCCAUCACCGGACCCGCUGUGCCGUAUUCCAGAGAAUUCAAGCAGAAGUACGACUACUUCAGAAAGAAGUUAAAGAAGCCGGCAGAUAUUCCUAACCGCUUCGAGAUGAAGCUUCACAGAAAUAACAUCUUCGAGGAGUCAUACAGACGCAUCAUGUCUCUGAAGAGACCAGACAGUCUGAAAGCUCGUCUGUGGAUUGAGUUUGAAUCAGAGAAGGGGCUGGACUAUGGAGGCGUGGCCAGAGAAUGGUUCUUCCUGCUCUCCAAAGAGAUGUUUAACCCUUAUUACGGCCUGUUUGAAUACUCCGCCACGGAUAACUACACACUUCAGAUCAAUUCAAACUCCGGCCUCUGCAAUGAAGACCACCUCUCAUACUUCAAGUUCAUUGGACGGGUGGCUGGCAUGGCCGUGUAUCACGGCAAGCUAUUGGACGGUUUCUUCAUUCGACCGUUCUAUAAAAUGAUGCUGGGCAAGCAGAUCACGCUAAAUGAUAUGGAGUCAGUGGACAGUGAAUACUACAACUCUUUAAAAUGGAUUCUGGAGAACGAUCCCACAGAACUGGACUUGCGGUUCUGCAUUGAUGAAGACAACUUUGGACAGACAUAUCAGGUGGAUUUGAAGCCAAGCGGUUCAGACUUGGUUGUAACCAAUGACAACAAAAAGGAAUACAUAGAUUUGGUGAUUCAGUGGCGGUUUGUGAACAGGGUUCAAAAGCAGAUGAACGCCUUUUUGGAGGGUUUCACCGAGCUCAUUCCUAUUGAUUUAAUUAAGAUCUUCGAUGAAAACGAACUGGAGCUGUUGAUGUGCGGUUUGGGAGAUGUGGAUGUGAAUGACUGGAGACAGCACACCAUCUAUAAGAACGGCUACUGUCCCAAUCAUCCUGUGAUCCAGUGGUUCUGGAAGGCUGUGUUGUUAAUGGACGCAGAGAAGAGGAUCAGACUUCUGCAGUUUGUCACCGGAACAUCCAGAGUGCCAAUGAACGGCUUCGCUGAACUCUACGGUUCCAAUGGGCCACAGUUGUUUACUAUAGAGCAGUGGGGAACACCUGACAAACUCCCUCGUGCUCACACAUGCUUUAACCGCUUGGACCUCCCGACUUACGAGUCAUUUGAAGACCUGCGGGAAAAGCUUCUGAUGGCGGUGGAGAACGCCCAAGGCUUCGAGGGCGUUGACUAAAGAAAUCCCUUUAUACACACCUGAUCCCGUAGAGCAACCGAUGAGCAGAGACAUGUACAUCAAACACAAACUUAUCGUCACACACACACACACACACACACACACACACACACACACACACACACACUCUCGAGUUGCCAUAGUACAGCCAGAUCCCAGCAGCCGCAGACGUGUGAUGUCACACAGUAUAUGCAUGUAUCUGUCUAGCUGGAACACCAUUGGCUGUGAAGCCCUUUCCGAGACGCCAAACAACUCUACGUAUCCCUUCCCAACCCCUUUUUUCUUUAAAUUACUCUCUAAGGCCACUUUAGCGUUUGCAUCGACAGUAAUUCAAAGAAACGGAAAGAAUUUGCUCGGAUACACUUCAGUGUUUUAUGAAACCUCAGUGGGUGUGGCCUCAGAGUGGGUGUGGCCUUGAUACAUCAUAGCGACCACCGCGACCAAUCCCGUUUCUGCAUAUCUCGAUCGUAAACUUCAGCGAAGAGGCAGCGAUUAACUCUCUUAUCAGGUCUUAUUACCACCAGGUUACCUUAGGAAGUACAGCCAGGAUGAAGGGCGCCGCCUCAUCCUCACUUAUUCUGUCCACUGCGCCAAGUUUCCCCUUCCUUCCUCGAGGAUUCUUUUUUUAUCUUUUGCAACGCCAAGAAGCAACGGGAUGUUAAUAAUUGUUUUUAAUAGUUUAUUAUCGCUGUUAACAUUACUAUUAUCAUUCUUUCUGAGUAAACGGAUCUUUGUACCAACCAUGUGGUUUACUUUUUUAAACGAAAACGCAUCAGUGGCCUGGCUGUAUUGGAAUAAAUAUCCAUAUCAUCGUGGGUAACGAAAAACAAGCAAACAAAAAAAACAUGAUCAUCACGGUUAUUGUAUCGCUAUGAAACUGGCAUGAACAUGUAUCUUGUGUUUCAAUAUGAUUACGUAGUAAUUAUAAAGCUAUUCUCCUUCUUGGUGGAAAGUGAGAUCGGAAAGACGGAUGAACAAGGACAUGCAUUUGACAUGUUAAUGAGGGUUUUCUUAAAAUGUAAUAAGUAUUGUUCUUAAUUAUUAUGAUUCUAUCUGUUCAUAAUGCUGUAAAUGAGUUUGGGGUGAGGAAGGGUUGGAUUCUUUUACUGUACGUGUUGGAAGUAUUAAUGAGAAACGCAGAGUGAAGCUAUCCUAAAAAGCGCUGUGAUUCAACACUGCAAGUCUUGCAGGCUUUCAGUAUGUAAACUUUCUUUCGUAGUCUUUCUUUAUUUCUUCUAACACCACCGAACCUAAACGGGCACUUUAUUGAUCAUGUCACCAGUUGUUUUGUUUUUUUGUGAACUUGAAUGUGAUUAUAUAUUGUUUCUUUAAUGGCACUCGGUGCAAUAUCUGUGGUUUAUAAUCUGCCUGCUGCUAACACAUCAGUCGUGAAGCAGGGUUGCAGAUUGAGCUUUGCCCCUACUGCUGAUCCCGAGUCAGCUUGACUGCUCUUCCUAUGGUUUGCUGUAGAUGGGAUAGGUUGAGCUGGCAGCUGUUCCUGGAUCAGCUCUGUAGAAGCGAGCGCCACCUGGAGUAAGACUUCAGACUGAUUCUUUUUGUAUUUUCUGUUCCUUUGUAUCUCUCCUCACUCACACAUUUCGGGCCGCUUGAAUUGUAACGUGGCUCUGUAGGUUUGUAAUAAUAUGAUUCUUGUUAUUGCUAUGAAUGACCCUUUCUCUUUUGUAGGGGCUGUUGUUUUUUAUUGAUGACGAACAUUUACUUUGUCUUGGAUCCUGCUCACCGCAAGACCUUGCAAUUGGUAUAACUUCCUUCAAAAUAAACUGAUAAAUAGAAUCGGACAUGCUGUUGUUUUACUGUGUUACAGUAUUGGAAAGGUUUCAAAGCAGAUGUUAUUAUCCAAAGCGACUUACGUGCAUUUAAGGUAUUCACAUUUAUCAGUAUACAGUGCCUUGCAGAAGUAUUCAGCACCUUUUAUUGAGAGGUACGUGCCGCUCCAAAUCAUACUUAUUCAAUUGAAUUUGCCACAGGUUAAAUCCACUCGAAGUGUAGAAACAACAAGCAAAACUAAUGCUUCUGAGCUCAAUUUUCAAGUGUCCCAGAAAAGGGUAUGAAUACUCAUGCAAUGUACUUAUUUCUGUUUUUAAUAAAUUUGCAAAGUUGUCACAAAUCUGUUUUUUUGUUUUGUCAUUAUUGUGCGUGGAGUGUAGAUUAAUGUAUUUUUUUUCGUAGUUUAAGAUAAGGCAGCAACAUAACAAAAUGUGAAUAAAAUGAAGGGGGAUGAAUACUUU